ACACCAUGAAAGAGGAAUUGACACGAUGACAGUCAAUGUUUACCUUAUGAAUUAAUUGAGUCUUCUGCUACGACCGGUUGUGAUCUGCCUGUUGUUGUUGUUGUUGGUCACAGCCGGAGCCGACUGGAGUUGUGGAUGGUGACAGCGAAUUGUAAUUUGCCACCUUGAAUACUUUGAUUUUAUAAAACAUCACUCGUAACUCCAUUAAUUUAAUAUGUUUAGCGGAAGGCACACGUACAAGAGGGGAUGGCAGUUGCUAAGAAAAUGGAGUGCUCAUCAUGCCCACACAUCUUCAGAGCACCGGCCCAUCAGCAAGCUGCUUAUAGCAAACCGAGGAGAGAUUGCCUGCAGAGUUGUAAGAACUGCCCGAAAGAUGGGUGUGAGAACUGUAGCAGUUUACUCAGAACCAGAUAGGAAUUCUAUGCAUGUUGCGAUGGCAGAUGAGGCCUAUCACAUCGGACCAGCUGCCUCACAAGAGUCUUAUUUACGUGCAGACAAGAUCCUUAAUAUUGCUAAAAGUAGUGGUGCCCAGGCAGUACAUCCAGGCUAUGGAUUCCUCUCAGAAAAUGUGGAAUUUGCUGAAGUCUGUGCCACAGAGGGAAUCAUUUUUGUCGGUCCUCCUGCUUCUGCUAUUCGAGACAUGGGCAUUAAAAGCACUUCAAAGAAAAUAAUGUCUGAGGCUGGUGUCCCCAUUAUUGGAGGUUAUCAUGGAGAUGACCAGAGUGACGGUCGUCUGCGUGAGGAAGCAGAAAAAAUUGGCUAUCCAGUUAUGAUUAAAGCUGUUCGAGGAGGUGGUGGAAAGGGUAUGCGUAUUGCAAAAACCAAGGAAGAGUUUGAGGAGCAACUCGAAUCUGCACGGAGAGAAGCUACAAAAUCAUUUGGUGACGAUGUGAUGUUGCUCGAAAAAUUUGUUGAACGUCCCAGACAUGUUGAAGUUCAGGUAUUUGGUGACCAUCAUGGCAACUAUGUGUACCUAUUUGAGAGAGAUUGUUCAGUCCAGCGACGUCAUCAGAAAAUUAUUGAAGAAGCUCCUGCACCUGGUUUAACAUGGGACGUUCGGAGAUCACUUGGUGAGGCUGCUGUUCGAGCUGCACGUGCUGUAGGGUAUGUUGGAGCUGGAACUGUAGAGUUUAUACUUGAUAGUUCACAUAAUUUUUACUUUAUGGAAAUGAAUACACGUUUGCAAGUGGAGCACCCUAUUUCAGAGAUGAUAACCAACACGGAUUUAGUUGAGUGGCAACUUAGGGUUGCUGCUGGAGAGAGACUCCCAUUAUUACAAGAUGAUAUCAAGCUCUCUGGUCACAGUUUUGAAGCCAGAAUAUAUGCUGAAGACCCAGAUGGUGGCUUCCUUCCUGGAGCUGGACCUUUGGAUCAUUUGGCCACACCUGAAGCAAAGCAGCACAUUAGAAUUGAAACAGGCGUGCGAGAAGGUGACGAAGUGUCUGUUCAUUAUGAUCCAAUGAUUGCGAAGUUGGUGGUCUGGGGUCAUGAUAGAGCUUCUGCUCUUAAUAUUCUUGUCACGUCUUUAGCCGACUAUAAUAUUAUUGGUUUAAACACCAAUGUGAAUUUCUUAAUGAGUCUUGCAACUCAUCCUAAUUUUGUUGCUGGUGAUGUGAGCACAGAUUUCAUACCUGACCAUUACAACACACUUUUCCCUGAACGCAGUCCGUCCCCAGAGUUGUUCUGCCAGUCUGCAUUAGCAUUGAUACUGAGUGAGGAACAGGAAGCUAUACGAGCUGCUGCGCUCUCCCUUGACCCUACGUCUCCAUUUUCUCCUCGGUCUAUUCCAAGAAUCAAUCACACUCUUUCUCGCACCGUAAACAUCUCUUGUGGAGAUAAAGGUGAAAAUAUUUUGGUGGAGUACUUAGGGUCAGGGAAGUAUCGCAUGGCUGUUGGCAGUAAAACCUUUGAUGUGAGUGGUUCUCUAGUCAGGGAAAACAACGUCUCUACUCUGACAAGUUCAGUGAAUGGAACAGUAUCUACUUCACGAGUAGUUGUGGAUAAGAGAGAUGUCCAUCUCUUCACAGCAACUGGUGGAUGGAAAAUGACUCUUCCCAGACCAAAGUUUGAAGAGGAAAUUGGAAGUGCUUCAGGCACCACAGGCGGUGCAGUAGCUCCAAUGCCAGGAGUGAUCGAGAAAGUUUUUGUCAGUCCUGGACAGUCUGUCUCUGCAGGUGAUCCAUUGGUUGUCAUGAUUGCUAUGAAAAUGGAGUACGUGAUAAAGGCAGCUAGAGAUGGUGUUGUAGAGAAGAUUCUUUUCAAACCUGGAGAUAAUGUUGCCAAGAAUACAUCGCUCGUCAAGAUGAAGGAAUCAGAAGACAGUUAGUUAUAAGGUCUUAAUCUGUGAGGUAACUACAAGAUCUACGUACGGUCGUUUGUUGCUUCACCCUCCCCCCUCCUCUCUUUCUCUUUCUCUCUUAGCAACUUUUUUCCACGAACAUUUCUAUGUUACACAAGUUUCAUUCAUAGUGUAAUUUUUUCUUUUCAUAAUGGUUAAUAUGUCAGUUGUCUUUUGAUGGCAGUUAUUUCUUGGUCCCCCUUCCUCCUUUACUUGGUAAAUAUUAAGUUUAUGCUUUGGCUAUGGCUGUCAAAAUAAGUUGCCUUCUCCCAAGAAGUCUUGAAUUAUUUUUCCCUUCUCUCAAAAAGAGUUGAGUUAUUUUUUUAAUUAUUUUUAUAUUAUAAUAAUCUUAUUUUGAAUUUAUAUUUUAAUUCUGAGAAUAAGUUGUUUUGAAAAGAUGGUUCACACAAUUAUUUUGCGACUUCUCUUUAAUUUUCUGUCUUUGUCAGAUGGUUUCUUUGAAUAGAGAAAUGAGAAAAAUGAUCUGUAGAAAAUGUGAUGUUGCUGGUCUUGUAUCUUGUUUUACAGUUUAAUAAACAAGAUUUGCUUUUUGUUGUGAUCAUAUUUAUGUAGAAUUAUUAGACUUCUAUAUGGCAUAUAUGUACAUCUUGUAUCAUAGAAUUUUAUGUUCUAAUGUCUGGGAAAGUUGCCAAAUAGUAAUGUUCUUAUUAAAUAGCUCAGGUGAAAUACUUGGUCAUUUGAUAAGUAGAAAGUACUAGAAGUAUUGAAGAAUAGUAUAGAUAUGUUUAGUUGUAAGAUAUUAUUUACAUAGAUCAGGGAUAAAAUGUAAAAAAAUAUGUAAAAAAUAUGUAUUAAUAGAUUUGUAGGCACUUUUGUGAUAAUACAAUAGUUUUCUAA